GGAAUUGAUAAUGUUAGCGGUCAUCUUUGAGCAGUCACGUCCUCCUAAUCAUCCAAAGCUUCUUGGUGAAUUGAACCACUUGGUUCCAAAUUUUCCCACCCAGCAAGUGCUGUUCCGAACCGACGCAUCAGCUACAAUUCAAGAAGGAGACGAAGAAUCUAGAACCAAGGUCCGAGAAAAUUGGCUCUCAUACAUGCCAAGAGGAAAUGGAUUCAUCGAAGUAAACAAUACGGAAAAAUAUAUAUUGCCAGGCCCAAUUUCAUACAAGGGGAAAGACACCUAUGCGGUGGCUGUUUUUCACCAGCUCCAUUGUCUAUACGCGGUUAUGGACAUGUACAAUAACCUGACGAAUCCUGCAUCUGUGACGAAUAUGGACGCUACACGCAACACUGGCAUGAAUAUAAGUGCUGAUGAGAAUGGACACAUCCAACACUGCUUUAGGUAUUUAAGGCAGUCAAUAUUGUGCUGCGGAGAUACAACUUUGGAAGGUGGAAUUCCCGGUAGUCAUUCAAAUGGCACCGAUGGGACAGGAGCAGUUCAUGUUUGUAAAGACCUUGAGGCUAUCAGGGAAUGGGCUGAGGAGAGAAGGCUUUCUCAUACCAAGCACCCCUGA